ACUUCCGAUGCCAGCACAACACCCAUCCUCGCAGUUCCACGGCUGAUAGCAGGAGUGGUUCCAAAAAUUGUGAUUGCCCAGCAGCAAUGCUUACCAUAACUGUGAAGAGAACAGAAUUCAAACAGAAGUCUAGGGCUUCGGUUGAAGAUCCUCAUCUGCCUAGCCUCCCAGGUGUUCUUCAGUUUAAAAACUUGCACAACCAUGAACUCAUCUCUGAUGACAGUCUGAGAGAGCGGGACGUGCCUAAUGAAGCCAAGCAGAUGCUGCUCGAGCUGUUCCAGAGUGGCCGUUCACCAUCAUCUGCCCUUGAAGCUCUCGAGAUUGACCUUGAGUUCUCGGAAGGAGAUAACUACGUCUUUGCGGCAGCUGACAGAGCACAGUUACCUGAUGCUGGCUACUGUUACAGGUUGUAUUACCAGAUUUUCAAGAAGGCAUUUGGAGCUCCGAGUGGUGAACAGAUGCUGAAAGACCUGGAGAAGCACGACGAGGAGUACAACUGCCGGAACGACAAAGAAUUUUUUAAGUUUAAGGACACAUAUGAUCGCCGCCAUGCUUGGGCUGUUAGCCUGAGGGAAGAGUUACCAAUACGUGGCGAUAACACCAAUAACUAUGUCGAGGCAGCUAUGCGAAUUCUUAAAGACAAAGUGUUCAACGGUGUUAAGGCUUUCAAUGUUGUGCAGCUUCUGGACUUCAUGCUCACCAGGUUCGAGGCCUACUACGUGCGUUGA